GAAAAAUCAGUUCGCAAGGAUGGGGCGAUUCACGGCUUUGGGACUAAUUGCUCUGAUAGCUUCGGCCAGCUCAUCACCAGUUCCGCAAGUCUGCUGCGUGCUACCCUCGCAGCCGCCUCGCGAGCCUUUACCACCAUGCCCGCCUCCGCCCUGCCCCGAGUCCUGCCUGGAGCCACCGGAAAACCCUUGUGAGGCGGAUGCCAUAAAACCAACACCCAACGGCGACGGACCCAUCAAGGUGUUCGUGCAGAAGACGACAACUCAGGACCAGCUGCGAGCAGCCAGCUUCCAGGUCUACCCGGUCCCAGGCGGCAUCUUCUACAUCCACCAAAACCCAGAUGUCCUGAUCCAGCCGCCGCCGAUCCUCGUCAAACCACCACAUCUGAAGCCGAUCCAACCAGCCCCUAUCAACGUCCAGCCCCCACAGCAACCAGCGAUAACGCCCCCACCGAUAUGCGUCCGACCUGCGCCAUUACCCCCGAUCACCCCUCCCCCUAUCUGCGUCCGACCGAAACCUUUAAGCCCAAUAAACCCCCCAGCUUUAUUCGUCAAGCCACCGACCCCCCAGCCUUUGAUACCUGCACCCAUCUCAAUCAGGCAACCUGAGUUGCCACCUGUAAAACCUUCACCGAUUGUAGUUCGGCAACCUAGCCCAUCGAAUUUGCAGCUACCCUCGAUUUACUUCCAGACGUCGGUGCUGGGUAAAAAUGGCGGGCAAGGAUCGGGUCAGCAAAUGGGUGAGGUGUCGGGAAUGUCUGGAUUCCAGCCAGCUUAUCCCAUGAACUCCCCAUGCGAGAAUCCGUGCCCAUGUGAAAAUCCGUGCCCUUGCGAAAAUCCCUGCCCAUGCCCUUAAUUACGCAGAUCCUGUCAUGAAAUUUAAAACCACUCAGUCUUAAAUCUGUAACUAACAGCAAAAAAAUACCUUUCUGUUAUCUUCGAUAAUUCCUUAAUACUAUGAUAACUAAACAGUAGCUUUGUAGCAUCUUCAAAGCCUUUGCAACACCGCUACACUAAAGAAGUCGCGACUGUCGCGUUCACCAUGCGUUUGUCGCGCUUUAAGCGAUAAAUAAACUCACCGUAAUAUACUCGUGGAGAUAACGCCUAAAGGCGUCAAGCUAACAAAGAGAUCUCAAAAUGUCAAAUAACUUUAGCUGUUCAAAAUGGAUACUUGAAUUACCUUAACUGAUUAACUUCGUUAUAACCCGUAUAACAGUCGUUUAGUUUUUAACUUUAGCAAAUGUAUGUCCGUUAUUAUUUAAUUUGUAUGUGAAGUAUUGUAUUAUUCUGUUUGUAAUAUAUGUAUUAGAGUUUA